GUCUAUGUAUGGUACUUUAGCUCCUGUUCUUAGCUCAGGAUGAUCAUAGAACAAGUAGCUGCUGGGUACUUUGCAGGAUGGGCAGGCUGCUGAUUAGUAUAGUAUGUACUACUAUGCAGUACUGUGCUGAGAACUAUAGUAAAGUCUAUGCUGAAUAUCUGGAGGAUAGAUUCCCUGCUCUGCCUCCUACCGGUAGUAGCAGCAUAUCACUUCACUCAGUUCACUGUGCGUUGUACCAUCCUUUUUUUUUCAGUGGGUUCCACUUAAGGAGGUGAUAAGAGCAUCAUCCUGCUGAAGUGGCUCCCUGUCUGUUUGAAGGCUCCACCUACAUUAGUGGGAGCUGCACCUGCUGGAAACCCGCUCCGUUGUCCCUUAUGAUAGUCAAUGAUUGUCAAUGGUCAUUCACUGCAGAAGAAAUCACUCUGACCACUUUCUGAUCACAGCAAUUGAGAGAGAGAGAGAGUCCUUUUUUUUUGGUUCCGACACCCCCAUAGGGAACAGGUGGUCUUCCCGGAUAGCAUGAGCUUGCAACCAGAGUCGCGGACCGCCAAGGUAGGAGAUGGGGGCGGGAAGCGGAGCAUAUGGGUACGGAGCCCUUUGGGGCGCCACAAGUGGCAUCCCCAAGCGGUGCUCGAGCAACUGAGGUGUGCCCGGGAAGAUUUAAAGGUCCUGAUAAAGGAGAAGAAUUGCAAUCCUAUUCUUGUUCGACUGGCAUGGCAUGAUGCAGGGACUUACAACCAGAACAUUUCAGGGUGGCCUUUUGCAGGGGGGGCCAUCGGUACCAUUCGAUACCACCCCCAGCUGAGUCAUGAGUCCAACGCAGGCUUGGUGAAUGCCAUCAAGCUGCUUGAUCCCAUCAGAGAGAAGUACCCUGCAGUUAGUAAUGCCGAUCUUCUCCAGCUCGCAGGCGCUACUGCAAUCGAGAUGGCAGGAGGGCCGACGCUCCCCAUGAAGUAUGGUCGUAUUGACGCUCCAUCCGAGGAGUUCUGCGCUCCCGACAACGUCUUACCCAUGGCUAAUCCUCCUGACCCGGCUGCGCAUCUCCGAGGUGUGUUCUACAGAAUGGGUUUUACCGACAAUGACAUCGUGGCGCUCUCCGGAGCGCACACGCUAGGCCGAGCUAGACCGGAACGCAGUGGGUUUGGCAAGAUCCAUACACCCUACACCAAGGAUGGACCAGGCGCACCAGGCGGUCAAUCCUGGACCAAAGAAUGGCUCAAAUUUGACAACGGCUACUACAAGGAAGUAAGGGACAAAACCGACGAGCAUCUGCUGGUCUUGCCCACCGACGCUGUGCUGUUUCAAGAUGAAGGGUUCAAGGUUUAUGCAGAGAAGUAUGCAGAGGAUCAGGAUGCGUUUUUCCGGGACUACGCGGAGGCGCAUGUGAAGCUGAGCAACUUAGGGUGCAAGUUCGAUCCCUCUCAAGGUAUCCGGCUUGGGGACCAUCCUUCUCAAUUGUCAUACAGACGGACAGUCAAGGCUUUGACAGCUAGUCUGAACAGAUUUGCUGCUGUAGCUGCCAGAUUGCCUCAACACGGUCAACAGUAUACCAGCACAUUCCUAUGGGUCUUUGCGUUAAUCGCAAUGCUAGCUGUAGUUGUAAAGCUUCUCACCUGGGAUGAGCUCCCACUAGCAAAGAGGGUUGGAUAAAUAUCCUGAAUCUGGACGUGUUUUAAGCAGAGAUGCCGAAAAGCAGUUCAAUCUCGACAUUCUGCACCUUUCCACAAAGAAGUCCAGAUUCAGGUGUUCAAUCCAAUCCCCUUUGCUAGUGGGACCUCGCCCCUGAAGAGACUUGUUCAUGAUUUUGAUCUAGUCCUAUGAAUGUCCUACACAAUAAUAUUAUUGAGGGUAUUCUCAUUCUUCCAUAAGUAUCUGAUUGCAUUUACGUC